UGAGUGCAAACAGAGAUGCCCACCUCUGUCAGCCAAAACUGUAUGCAUGGACGAUAAAUCAAAAAGGUGGGACAUAUAUACACAACAUGGAAAUGGGUAAGAUGAUCGUGAUGUUGUGAUUGCUGCAACCGUACAAGUGGGAAUUAUUUCAUACGCGGAGUUGCCACUUAGCCAACUUGUUAGCACCGUUUAAAAAUGUCUCCAUUCAUUGCACAGAUUGGUCUGUAGUUAUUUUAACCGUUCAUGCCAUUAAUCAACUGGUCAACAACGGCGGCAUGCAGCAGUACUGAACGGAAUGUUUUCUCACAUCCAUGGAUUACAAUCACGCUGCGAAUUUCCACCAUGUUGAUUCCGAUGAAGCUGACAGUUCCUUGAGCGAGAAAUUGCGGGAGAUAUCUUCGCGAAAUUCAUUUGAUUCGGAUUAUCAUCGGUUUAAAGAUCCCAUACCUUUAGGCGAAUCUUUCGGAUCAGGAACAUCCUCGUCAGAUAUCGACGAUCCACCGCGGCGGUCACCGUAUAAAGUUGGCCGUAGCAUGCGCGACCGAACCGAAGAUAGUGCAACAUCCACUCCAUAUCCCGGUGCAUCUGUAUUCUAUUCCCCCAGAACUAUGGAGACAAGUUUAGGCCUGGAUAAGAAUGGUCACCGUCGAUCACCCACAAGUACUCCUUCCACUAGUCCGCUGAAUGCCAGCAUAAACAUUAGUGCCCCUGUGCCCAUCCGCCAGUUCACCAGCACAUCAGCCAUGCAGCAGCAGCAGCAGUCGAGCAGCGUGGUCAAGACAACAACGGGUUUAAUAACCUCGACCAGUGCGGCGGGGCACGAUUCCGCUCAUCCAAUGCGCAGUCCUGGCCGACUGAUCCAUGAAAUUAAAACCGCAUCCCAAGAGAGUCAGGCCGAUUCCGGUCAUGACUCGGGACAUGGAUCAGCCCAGCCGCACACGGUAUCAUCGGAAUUUCAGCCCUUUUUAAAGAGCACCGAACUCUUUGAAACCCAUCUCGCCACGGAAUCCUCCAAGCUCUUAAACACUCCCAAUCGCGGACUGGAUGCCGAGGCGGACGAGCGCGUGCCCACUCCCAUCAUCGCCACUGGUAUGGGAUCCACGACGAAAAUGGAUCUGGAAAGAGCGCGAGAAGAAUCCUCCAACACCACCUGGAGAUUUUUCAGCUUGCUGUACGCCCUGCUUCUCAUUGUCCUGGGCACAGCGUUUCCAACGUCCGAAAUCAUCGCUGCUCAAGUGAAACCGCUCUUCUACCAGGCGUACUACGUGUACCUGUUCGGUGUGUCGAUAUUAUUCCUGAUCUUCGCUUAUAUUUUCCUUCUGCAAACGGGACGGCGCAACCGGAAGCCCUUGUUGAGUUUCCAGAAAGGCACGAAAGGUUACCACAUGGAGACUGUCGAGAGUGCUAGCGCCGAUACAGAAGCCAAAGGGGCCGGCUUGCAGCGGCUGUCGCUUUCGCCUUCCGCUACCAAUGUCAAAUCCGGCAGCUUCUACUUGCGCAUGGGGGCGGUGGUGUUUGGUGUGGGGUCGAUGAUUUAUUCCUGCCUGGAAUUUGGUCAAUAUUUUGAGAUUCCUGCUAACUCCGAAUGCAACGACAUUCUUGUAGCCGUGGUGCCCGCUUGCCGUUUCUUUUUCUCCUUCAUUCAGUUGUACUUCGUUUUCCUGAAUUCAAAGAUUCGCGUUGACCGCUUCACGAAACUUGUUUGGUUUGGACUUAUGCAUAUGGUGGCCACCAAUAUUUGCAUUUGGCUCAGUGUUCUGAUUGGGGAAACUAAGCACGAACUUGAACUGACGCUGACCGAUCCUGACCGCAUCACUCCGGCAGGUUUCGAGGAACACCCUUACCCGAUCGGCUUCCGUUGGUGGAAUAUCAGCAAUCAGUCUAGCACACCCAAUGUUUAUAAAAAGCCGCUGCAUGUUUACGCCAAGACAGCUGCCAUGGCCUCCAGCAAUGUCCUUUUGACCGUAUAUCCCAAAUCAUGCAGAGCGCAGACGAUAAUUGGGAAUAUUUUGCAGAAGGCGAGUCCAUUCCUUUACCCCUGCAUUGUGGAAUACAGUUUAAUUUGUGCUGCGAUGCUGUAUAUCAUGUGGAGAUCCAUAAGUACGCGUAGCAAAACCUACAAUGCGGAAGAGACAUCUUUGUCAGCAAUGUCGCUGUCCGCAACCGGUGGGAAAAGACAAAGAUACACCGUGGACUGCCACGGCGCAACAAAAGGGCUUUUUAUCGGCCUUUUAAUGAUCGUGGUGACAAUUAUAAGUAUGAUCCUGUUCUUUGUGUGGAUCUGGCGCAGUGAAUAUUAUUCACUGGCAGUCUUCCAGGCCUACGUAGUGGAAAUCUCCCUUUACACUCUGACCUUUGUGGCCGUCUGUAUGGCUUUUGUGCAGAUGCGUGAUCUGAAAUUUGAGAGCCGCGAAGGAUCAGCACUCAAUGAUCUCCUAUUGAUAAUCUCCCAAUUUGGUGUGUAUAUUUUCUGCACGUUCAUCCUCAUUUCCGGCCAUCACACGGUUAUUGAGGAUCCACAGCGGGGUGAUCUUUUUGCCCUCUUAUCGGCCCUAUUGGAAGCCAUCCAGGCCACUGUACAAACACUGUUCCUCCUGGAUGCCACUCGUCGGCGACCCUAUAAACCGGAACACUUACGCGAUAAGCCUGGCCGCGAAUUGGUCACAUUUCUCUUAGUAUGCAAUUUCGGCCUGUGGGCUGUCGAAUCAUUAGAGGCCUGGAAGCAACAGCUCUAUCCUGCGCAACAGCGCUUUUACGGCUCUUGGUCGUGGACCAUCAUCAUGAAUAUAUCGAUGCCGCUGACCAUCUUUUACCGGUUCCAUUCCAGCGUCUGUCUCUCUGAAAUUUGGAAAAGAGCCUGGAAAGUGAAAAGCCGCCCAUCGACGCCGGUCGUCAUUUCGUGAUCUCAUUACCAUGGAAUUGCGAAACUGCCAAAUUGAAACAACGAUUACGUUUAGCAAAUUAAACUGUAUAGCGGAACAGUGGUGUUGCAUUGCAUUUGGGUGCAUAUACAGAUGCAUUAGCGGACCAAGCGUACAAUUACUGCACAGAAUGGAAACCAAAUUGGCCGAUAGUCAUUACCGCGUGUGUCCAGUGGCGUCGUACUCGUUAUGUGCUUUGGAUGUGAAUCAAGUGGGCGGACAAGCAGAAACAAAAUAUUUUUGUUGUUUUUAUCGUAAAAAAUGUGUGUAUCAAUAAUAUUAUCUGCGCGAAGAAAGGAUCUGGACUGCAGACUGGUUGCACUCGAAAAUAAUUACUGUACUCCUCUAGUAUUACUUUAAAAGAUCUUUUAUUUUGUUCCGUGGGUGUGUCUUACUAUGAUAUACGUUGCAUAACCAUGUUCCGCAAAGAUACGUUUUGUUGUUUUUGUUUAUACGUUUUAUGAUCGUCUGCAAAAUACUCCUGCUGUUUGAAUCUUUCGUUUUGCCUGUCCGAGUCAGUUAAAUCUUUACGGUUUGGAUCGUAUUGAACUCAACCUUCGUUAA